UCAAUGUCGAGCUACCGGCUACUGUUGGCGGGCGAGGCAGACCUGGAGUAGUUUUAAGAUAUAAUUGUGCUACAACAAGUCCUUCCUCUGGCAGAUCAAAAGUAGGUGUCUUAGAGUGAGAAACGCAAGCUGUUUGGAUAAAGAGGAUUUCAGGAAGAAGCAGGGGAUUGUCUUUGUGGAGCAGAUUACAAGGGCAUGAAAGGAUGGUGAGGUAGCUGCUGGACAUCAUGGGGUUUUUCAAACAUCUCUACCUCCUGCUCUGGAAAAACAUCACGUAUCGAAGACGGAACAAGGUCCAGCUGAUCAUCGAGCUUCUCUGGCCGCUCUUCCUCUUUUUAAUCCUCAUCUCUGUUCGUCAGUCAAACCCUCCGUACAAACAAGGGCAAUGUCAUUUCCCAAACAAAGCCUUGCCAUCUGUGGGCACCCUGCCCUGGAUUCAGAGCAUCAUCUGCAACAUCCACAACCCCUGUUUCCACAGCCAGACAACGGGGGAAAUACCAGGACAAGUUGACAACUUUGACAACUCCACACUGUCUCGUCUUUUCCUGGACGCUCGGGCUCUUCUGUCCUACGGUGGAAACCAGACUUUCUCUGCUUUUCAGGACCUGAUGAAGAGCGUUCAGCUAUUGCAGGAAAAACUCCAAUUAUUGCCAACUCUCCAAGUUAAAGAGUACCUGAUACCCAACGAGACCUUCUCCAGCUUUCUCCUGACCAACGGCAGCCUGUCGCCUUCCACCGUGGACCUGCUGAUGAAUUCUCAUCUGAAUUUUCAGGCUGUAAUGGCAGGAGUCCGGACGCCACUGAAAGUCUUGGUGUGCAACUCGAGUACGUUUGAAGAGUUUCUGACAGUGGACAGCGGAGCAGCCAGCAUGACCGUUGUUCAGACUGAGCUGUGUGACCUACAGGAUGAUGUCCUGCAGGAGGCGGAGCGUCUAUUUUUCUCCCAGCUUGACUUGACCAAGAUCAUCAUGAGAAACCGUCUGAUGAUCAACACUGAAGAGCUCAGGGCCAUCUCUCAGGCUGUUACCUCCAUUUCCCAGGAGCUCGCUGUAAUCAUACAUGAUGUCUCUUCCUUCUCCAGUUUCGCAGAAAUGAGUGCAGCGCUCAGUGUUCUAUCUCCUGAAAACCGCACGGCAGACCCCCGACAGGGUUUCAGAGACUUCUCCAGGAUCAUGUGCGGUCACCCUGAGAACGACGGCGAGCGCGUCCUGUCGCUCAACUGGUACGAAGACAACAACAUCAAAUCUUUACUCGGCAAAAAUGGCAUCGAGGAUGAGGAGGUGGACAGUGAAAACAACACAACUCCGUUUUGUAGAAAUUUGAUCCACAWUCUGGAGUCCAACCCUCUGUCCCGCAUUGUGUGGCGAGGAAUCAAACCGCUGUUCAAAGGAAAACUGCUCUACACACCAGACACUCCUGUAAUACGGCAAGUCAUGAAGGAGUUGAACAGGACAUUUGAAGACCUGCAGAUUCUUCAGGAUCUGCAUGAGGCUUGGUUGGAGGUGAGCCCACAAAUCAAAAACUACAUGGAGACCAGCGUGGAGAUCAACCUGCUGCAGGAUAUGCUGAGGCGUCCAGAGAUCGCAGUUCUGGUUAAUAUGCGAUUGGAGAACACAAACUGGACCGCCUCACGGAUCGCUCAUUUCCUGUCAACACCCUCGCCGGAUAAUCCAAGAGCGCCUGGAGCCUCGGCGACGUGGAUGGACGUCUACGAUGACGUUGAAAACACGAUCACCACUCUGGCACACGUCACCAAGUGCUUCAAUCUGGACAAACUGGAGGGUCUGGAGACAGAGGGUCAGCUGAUCAACAGAGCUCUGGAGCUGCUGGAGGACAGGCGGUUCUGGGCUGGUGUGGUUUUCCAGCUGCCCAACACGUCUUCGUCUGAGCUCCCUCCUCAUGUUACCUACAAGAUCCGAAUGGAUGUCGAUGACGUGGCCCAGACCAACAAGAUCAAGGACAAGUUUUGGCAUCCCGGUCCAUCUGCAGACCCGUACACUAACAUGCGCUACGUUUGGGGUGGAUUUGUUUACAUCCAGGACCUGGUGGAGAAAGCCGUGAACUACGUUCUCACCGGGGUUAAACAGACCACCGGCAUCUACAUCCAGCAGAUGCCCUACCCCUGCUACGUGGACGAUGUUUUUCUUGGCGUGCUGAACAAAUCCCUGCCUCUCUUUAUGACWUUGGCCUGGAUUUACUCGGUGGCCAUGAUGAUCAAAGGUGUUGUGUACGAGAAGGAGGCGAGGCUGAAGGAAACCAUGAGGAUUAUGGGUCUCGGUACAGGAUCUCUGUGGCUCAGCUGGUUCAUCAGCAGCAUAGUUCCCUUCUUGGUUUCUGCCACGCUUCUUAUCGGGCUGCUCCGGUUGGGGGAUAUAUUACCAUACAGUAACCCUGCUGUGGUCUUCUUGUUCCUGAUGGCGUUCGCCACCGCCACCAUCAUGCAGUGUUUCCUCAUCAGUACGUUCUUCUCCAAGGCCAACAUGGCUGCUGCCUGCGGUGGACUCAUUUACUUCUGCCUCUAUCUGCCUUAUGUGCUGUGCACAGCCUGGAGAGACUACCUCACUUCAACACACAGAAUCUUAGCUAGCUUCCUGUCUCCUGUGGCCUUCGGUUUUGGCUGCGAGUACUUCGCCAAGUAUGAGGAGCAAGGCAUCGGUAUACAGUGGUUCAACAUGCGCUUCAGCCCUGUGGAGGGAGACACCUACAGCUUCACCAUCUCUAUCGUCAUGCUUUAUGUGGACGCCUUUAUCUACGCUGUCGCAGCCUGGUACAUCGAAGCUGUUUUUCCUGGUGAGUACGGGAUCCCCAAGCCCUGGUACUUCGUUUUCCAACUCAACUACUGGGGUGGAAUUCCUCUAGAGGCAGGCAUGCCAAUCCCACCAGCACCCACAGACCAAAACGAAGACAACAUUGAACCAGAACCCACUAAUCUGAACCUCGGUGUGAACAUAAGAAACUUGGUGAAACUCUACAAGAAAGGGGGGAAACUCGCCGUCAACCACCUGAACCUGAAGUUCUACGAGGGGCAGAUCACCUCUUUCCUCGGCCACAACGGCGCCGGCAAAACCACCACCUUAUCCGUCCUAACUGGACUCUUCCCUCCAACCUCUGGGACCGUGUACAUCAAGGGCAUGGACAUCCGCUACGAUAUGGACAUCAUCAGGAGGAUGUUGGGGGUUUGUCCACAACACAAUGUCCUGUUUGACAUGCUCACGGUGGAGGAGCAUGUGUGGUUUUACGGGUGCCUGAAGGGUUUAUCUGAAGAAAAGGUGAAGGCUGAACUUGGCACUUUGCUUGAGGAUGUGGGCUUGUUGCACAAACGACACGAACUGACCAAAAACCUCUCUGGUGGGAUGCAGAGAAAGCUGUCAGUGGCGAUCGCGUUUGUUGGGGGAUCGAAAGUAAUCGUUCUGGAUGAACCCACUGCCGGCGUCGACCCGUACUCCCGCAGAGGGAUCUGGGAUCUGUUGCUUAAGUACCGUAAAGAUCGAACCAUCAUUCUGUCUACUCACUACAUGGAUGAGGCGGAGCUGUUGGGCGACCGGAUUGCCAUCAUCUCCAAAGGGAAGCUGCGCUGCUGCGGAUCCCCGCUCUUCCUAAAAUCCCUGCUGGGAUCUGGUUACUACCUGACUGUGGUAAAGAGGGAGGAUCCGAGCAUCAGCACUCCCAGUAACUCCAGCAUUUGCACCGGUACCAGCAUCAGCACCAACAAGCUUCCUCCUUUGGUUCAGGACAGUGAUUCAUCUCUGAGUGAGGACACGGGGCUGGGAAGUGAAGACAGCACCUCCUCUUUGCUCUCCCUGGUGCAUCAGCACAUCCCAGAUGCGAGGUUAGUGGAGGAGUCUAGAAGAGAAGCGGUGAUCAACGUGCCACAAACUGCUGCCAAAAACGGCUGCCUGGCUAUCUUCCUGUCUAAACUGGACCAGAGACUUCCUGAGCUGGGCAUCAGCAGCUACGGGCUGUCAGACAGCACACUGGAGGAAAUCUUUCUGCGAGUGGCAGAAGAAACCGAUGUUGACGCUGAUCCAGAGCAGCCUGCAGAACCUCCCCGCGGUCCUCAGCCAUCAGUAAAAAAGACUGAGGCAGGACUGGAUGAAGUUCCAGAGACAGGAAGGAAAAGACACUGUAAAAAAGAGCAUCAGGAGACAGACCUGCUGAGUGGAGAUGCUCAGGGUGGCRUGGCUGUGACAGGCUGGUGGCUGCUGUGGCAACAGUUCAAAGCUCUUUUCAUCAAGCGCUGGCUUUACGCUCGAAGGAGCAAUCGCGGCAUCUUUGCUCAGAUUGUUCUGCCUGCCAUGUUUGUGCUGAUUGCUCUGCUCUUCAGCAAAAUUGUUCCUCCGUUUGGAAAGUACCCCCCACUUGAGCUGCAGCCCUGGAUGUAUGGCAAACAGUACACCUUCUUCAGCAAUGAUGCUCCUGGGAACCCAGUCAUAGAGAACCUGCUGGAAGCUUUGCUGGAUCAACCCGGUUUUGGGACCAAGUGCAUGGCAAAAGAGAAUGAAAACGACACAAGUCCUCAGUGUGAAAGUAAGCGGGGGUCCGUGUUCAUGAGGCCACACGUAAGUUUCUCCACCUGGAAGAUGUUCAGCAGAGGGAACUGGAGCAGAAACAAACCCUCACCAGAAUGUGUGUGCAGCACGGAGGACAUCCACCGGAUGUUUCCUGAGUGUCCAGAGGGCGCCGGCGGUCUUCCUCCUCCACAGAAUAUGAGAGCGACUGGAGACAUCCUCCAGAAUCUGACAAGUUAUAACAUCUCUGAUUACCUGGUGAAGACCUACCCACAAAUCAUGAAGAAAAGUUUAAAAACCAAGCAGUGGGUGAAUGAAUUCAGGUACGGAGGCUUCUCCCUCGGAGGCAUCACCACCCACAGAGUAUCGAGAUCCCAAGACCUCCAGGACUCGGUCAUGGCAAUCAGGACUCAUUAUCAAGUCGAACAGAACAGUUCGCUGGAUCAUCUGUUGAAAAAGCUGCCAAGGUUUCUGGGAGAAAUGCACAGUGAGAACAGCGUCAAGGUGUGGUACAACAACAAAGGCUGGCACGCCAUGGUGUCCUUCCUCAACGUGGUGAAUAACGGCCUGCUGAGAGCGAGCCUGCCAGAACCAGAGAGGAGGAAACAUGGCAUCACCGUCUACAAUCACCCUCUCAACCUCAGCAAGGAGCAACUCACUGAAAUGGCCAUGUUGACCACAUCAGUGGACGUUGUGGUGUCCAUCUGUGUUAUCUUUGCCAUGUCCUUCGUUCCGGCCAGUUUCAUCCUGUUUCUGAUCGAGGAGCGAGUCAGUAAAGCCAAACACCUUCAGUUCGUCAGCGGGGUCAAACCAAUCCUCUACUGGCUGGCCAACUUUACCUGGGACAUGCUGAACUAUACCGUCCCAGCCUUCAUCGUGGUGUUGAUCUUCAUCAGUUUUCAGCAGGAGGCGUACGUCUCUGAAACCAACCUGCCUGCGCUCAUCCUCCUCCUUCUACUUUACGGGUGGUCCAUAAUACCUCUGAUGUACCCAGCGUCCUUUGUUUUUUCCAUCCCAAGCACAGCUUAUGUGUUUCUAACCUCCAUCAACCUCUUCAUCGGGAUCAAUGGAAGCUUCGCCACCUUUGUCCUGGAGAUGUUUGUAGAUGAGAAUUUAAACAAGAUCAACAGGAUCCUGAAGAAUGUGUUUUUGAUCUUCCCACACUUCUGCUUGGGACGAGGUCUCAUCGACAUGGCUAAAAACCAGGCGAUGGCAAACGCCUUCGAGAGACUGGGAACCAAACCAAUUCUCGACCCUUUUCAGUGGGACUUUGUGGGGAAGAAUCUGUUUGCGAUGGCUGUAGAAGGCUUCAUCUUUUUCAUCUUCACCAUUCUCCUGGAGUACAAAUUUUUCAUUUACUUCAGGAUGAGCCCACCACUGGGAUGGACCCAAAAGCCAAAAGAUUUUUGUGGAACUGCAUCCUCAGUGUCAUAAAAGAGGGCCGAGCGGUUGUGCUCACCUCCCACAGUAUGGAGGAGUGUGAGGCCCUCUGCACCAGGAUGGCCAUCAUGGUCAACGGCAGGUUUCAGUGUCUUGGAUCUGUGCAACACYUGAAGAACAGGUUUGGCGAUGGCUACACCAUCGUCCUCCGUUUAACGGACAACAGAUGUGUCCCGGACUCCUGUCCCGUCCACGACUACAUGAGGACGUCUUUUCCCAGCAUCGAGCUGAAGGAGCGGCACCAGAGCGUCCUGCAGUACCAGCUGGCUUCGCACAGCUGCUCGCUGGCUCGCGUCUUCGAUGCGCUGGCCAACAACUACGAGGAGCUUGGCAUCAUCGACUUCUCCGUCUCACAGACCACACUGGACCAGGUAUUUAUCGGCUUCGCAAAGGAGCAGACGGAUGACGACUGCCUCACAGAUGUGGUCAUCAGCAACGGUGCAGCCCAGCUCAACUUCAUGCCCCAAAUUAACCCCCCCACCGUGCAGCCACAAGCACCGACCGCGCCUCCUCAGCCGAAGAAAUCGCCGCCGCUUCCCGCUAAAUCGCUCAACGCCAAUCAGAAGGCAGCUAAGCAGAAGAAGACCAAAGCCCGCAAGCUCGAGUCCGAGGGUGAUGCGAGCAGCAGCGUGCCUAUGAGCAGAUUCCCUCAGACCCAGGAGAAGACCCAGGAGUCCAGCAGCAGCACCAGUGGAGUUCAGAGGAAGUCCAGCAAACGCCGAGGCUCCAAGGACAAAAAGGAGAGCUCCAACAAAGAUCCCUCUGCGCUCUUUAUAGUCGGCACCGCCUCUCAGGACAGCUGGCUGUGAGGUGCACCUCAAAACGGACCAAAGAUACAAAGAAGCUAUUUAUUCUCUAUUUAAAAGCUGCUGUGUUCGCAACAGUAUGACAUGACCAAACUAUUAAAAAGAGACUUGAGUUUUAUUUUUUAAAAAAGAAACAAAUUCUUCCUCAUGACGGCUGCUCGUGCCUUGUUCACCUCAUCACACAUCUGUAGCUUUCUACUCUUAAUGCAGGAACAUAUACUGUAUAUAUGUGGUUCCAAAUCCAUGGAUUAUUAAUCCUAAAAGAUUACUAUGCAGAGCUCAGUGUAAAAAGAACGAGUUAUGUUUCUCAGGACUUCAUCAGUUGGCUUCUUAAAGUUUUAUUUUUCUCCAGACAGCACUUUAUUAAAAAAGAAACUGUUACCUUCUCCUGUUUUUAUAUAAAUAUGAGCAUUUUAAAGGCUGUUACGGGACAACUCACUGGUUCGCUUAUCUUUUUAACAUCCUUUUGUUUUUUAAAUCCAAUAUUUAUUUUAUCUUGUAUUGUUACUUUUAAGAAAAAAAUACUGUGGGGUGUGUGGAUAGCAUCACAGUUAUAGACGUCAAGAGUUGGCUCGAUUCUUUCUUUUUUGUUUGUGCGGUUAUUUAUCAGUUUCUCUGUAGGUCACAUUAUUUUGAACCAAAAUCAAUCAAUCUUGUCCGGACAAACCUCCAGAAGUUCAGCUGCAUCAUUAUAAUGCAUCAAACCUUCCAAAUACAAUCAAAGAAUUAAUUCUGAUCCAUUGAAAACCAUUAAAAAUGUAUGGCCUUUGAAGAUAUAUUUUUUAUAAACUACUUUUUUGUUUCUGUGAACUAAGUGACAGAUCUGCUGAAUGUUUAAAACAAGCUGCUACUGCACUGAAAUGCACCAUUAUAGUUUCAAAAAUUGUUUGCCGUAAAAACUGAAGUAAUGGCAUGCCAUUUCUGUCUGUAAAGGAACCUAAAGAUUUAAUCUGAGUUCCUGUCAUUUACAUAAAAUGUCAUCUCCAGACAGGUGUGCUAAAAUGAUACAAAACCAAACGUUUAGGCUAAGUGAUAUAAAGCUGGAUCUUUUAUUUUGGAAAAAAUAGUGCACUACUAAAUGUACACUAUUGUUUGAUAUAUGUAUACUGAAAAAUUAGUAUUUGUUGUGAAUGUUUCUUUUUCUGAAAGAAAAUAAUACCCCUGUUUUCUUUACCUCACAUUUAAUCAGUAAAUUCACUUUUCAUUAA